GGGGUUCAGAAUCUUUUGAACUUUUUCUUGCGGAAUCUUACCCUUGCCGCCCUCUCUCUCUCUCGCUCGAUCAGACGCAACUCCUUCACAAGAUAAAGCAUGAGCAAAGGACCGGGCCUCUUCUCCGACUUCGGUAGAAAGGCCAAAGACAUAUUGACGAAGGACUACAUUUCCGAACAGAAGUUUAGCAUUUCCACUCAGAGUGAUACCGGAGUGGUCCUUGCUUCAACUGUAAUGAAGAAGGGAGGACUCUCCUCUGGUGAUGUGGCAGCACAAUACAAAUAUAAGAAUGCCAUAGUUGAUGUCAACAUUGAUACAGAAUCAAAUAUCUCAACAACCCUCACUGUCACAGAUGUUCCAGCAUCUACCAAGACCAUUGUUUCAUGUAAAUUGCCUGAAUACAACUCUGGCAAGAUUGAAUUUCAGUAUUUCCAUGAACAUGGGAGUGUCACUACAGCUGUUGGUCUGAACAAGUCUCCAGCUCUUGAUCUUUCAGCAACCAUUGGUACUCCAAGUGUUGCCUUCGGCAGUGAAGCAACCUACUUGGUAUCCUCCGGUAGUUUCACCAAGUAUAAUGCAGGAGUGCGCUUGACUAAGCCCAAUUUCUGUGCAUCCGUGAUUUUGGCAGACAAAGGAGAUGCACUAAGGGCCUCAUAUUUGCACCACCUGGAUCAUCUGAAUAGGGGAGCGGCAGUGGGUGAGAUCACUAGAAAGUUCUCCACAAAUGAUAGCACAUUAACAGUUGGCUGUUCGUAUACUGUUGAUCCUCGGACGGUGGUAAAGGCUAAGCUCAACAACCAUGGCAAUCUUGGGGCUCUAUUACAGCAUGAGCUGAAACCCAAGUCCUUCCUGACAAUCUGUGGAUCUUUUGAUACAAAAGCCAUGGAGAAGAGCCCCAAGUUCGGAUUGGCACUCUCUCUUAAGCCUUGAUUGCCAAUUUAUUGUUAUUUUUAUAUGAUCAAAUGAUUGAAUUCACACUUUCAUUUUUUUCAGUAACUAGAAAAAGGAAUUACCAAUAUGUACUUCUAUGAGAUUUAUUCUUUUUUCAUAAUAUAAGAUUGAUUUGAAGCUUGGUCUCUGUACC